GCGCAGUGCAUUGUGGGUAAGACGUCAGCCCUCCGCCAUAUCUAUCUGAAGGAGAGAGUCUGGAAGAGUCAUGAGAGGAAUCCGGUCUCUAAACAAUCUCUCUAAACGUUGUUAUGCGGCCGCCAGGAGGAAUGAAGCCCUGACUGAACCGCUGCCAGGCUGUAAACCACCUGCAAGUGCGCCACUCCCUCCUCAAAAUGUCCAGGUGUCCAAACUUCCAAAUGGUCUGGUGAUUGCAUCGCUGGAGAAUUACUCCCCUUUGUCCAGCGUUGGUGUGUUUGUGAAAGCUGGGAGUCGUUAUGAGACCAUGGAAAACCAGGGCAUCACUCAUGUAUUGCGACUGGCAGGAAACUUGACCAACAAGAGUUCAUCUGGUUUCAAGAUCUGUCGUAGUGUGGAGGCACUGGGAGGCAGCCUGAGUGUGACAUCAUCAAGAGAGACCAUGGUCUACAGCGCAGAAUGCUUGAGAGACCACCUAGAUUCAUUACUAGAGCAUUUGGUGAACAUGACAUCAGCGCAAGACUUUCGACCUUGGGAGGUGGCCGACCUGACGCCCCGGGUGAAGAUUGACAAGGCUCUGGCUGAGCAGUGUCCUCAGAUAGGUGUUAUUGAGAAGUUGCACGAAGCAGCGUACAAAAACGCCCUGUCUAACUCUCUGUACUGCCCUGACUACAUGGUUGGUCAGAUCUCCUCUGAUCAACUGCAAUCCUUUGUUGAAGAGAACUUUAUCACUGGCAGAAUGGCUCUUGUAGGACUAGGUGUAAAACACUCUGUCCUGAGGCAGGUGGGGGAGGGGUUGUUGAGUACCCGCAGUGGUGCUGGAGCUCCUGUGGCCAAGGCUGUGUACCGAGGAGGUGAGCUAAGAAUGCAGAACAACAAUGACCUGGUCAAUGCCCUGGUUACAAGCGAGGGCGGUGUGUCAGGGAGUGCUGAAGCAAAUGCUUUCAGCGUGCUGCAAAGGAUCCUGGGAGCUGGACCGCAUGUGAAGAGAGGCUCUAACAUCACCAGUAAACUUAGCCAGGGUAUAGCUAAAGCUACCACACAGCCCUUUGAUGCCACAGCCUUCAAUGCCUCAUACUCUGACUCUGGCCUCUUCGGUGUCUAUACCAUUGCACAAGCUGACUCAGCAGGAGAGGUGAUCAAAGCUGCCAUCGCUCAAGUGCAAGGUGUGGCUGAGGGAAACGUUUCUGAUGCUGACAUCACCAGAGCAAAGAACCAGGUGAAAACAGAGUACCUGAUGUCUAUAGAGAGUUCUGAGAGCCUGUUGGAGGAGAUCGGUGCUCAGGUUCUGACCACUGCGUCGUACCAGCUCCCUGACGCUGUUCUUCAAGCUGUAGAUGGCGUCACCCGUGAUGAUGUAGUGAAGGCUGCAAAAAAAUUUGUAGAUGGCAAGAAGACCAUGGCAGCUAGCGGACACCUCAUCAAUACGCCGUUUGUGGACGAAGUAUGAAAGAUAAAUUAAGGAGAGAGUGAUUUUAACCAGGGCAUGCUGCUGUGUCUGGCUGCUUAAGAAAAAGGAACGAGGACCUCAGAGCCACAGCCUCCUGCAACAAUUCAUCUGACGUCACAAAUCAUUUGUAACCUGUCCUGCCAUACUUGUAAGCACCAACAGGGAGCUGGAAAACCAUAAUGCAAUUAUUUUUGUCCAUUUAACUGUAUAUCUAUGUAAAUUAAAGAAAUGACAUAAUAACA